AUGUACUUUAAUUCAAGGGCGGACAGUAAGUUCCACGGAAGGCAUUCCAACUACAACUCUAAGUUUAAUCCGCAACAUCGCCGGCGUUUUCGAUCCCCCUCACCACCGGUUCGGAAAUAUAGGAAUCGUGAGUCAAGCGAUUUAAAGCGAUCGUCCCGCUCUAGUCGCUGUAUAGGAGUAUUUGGCAUGAGUCCCGACACCACGCAGGAUACAUUGUACAAUGUGUUUAAAAAGUUUGGACCAAUCGAACGUAUUCAAAUGGUUAAUUUUACGCACACGUUUGUCUCGCGUGGAUUCUGUUUCAUUUACUUUGAGAAUCUCUACGAUGCUUGCAUGGCUAAGGACGCCUGUUCCGGCAUGGAGGUGGAUGGUCGUAGCAUACGAGUGGAUUAUGCCUAUUCCCAGCGAGUAUUCACUCCCACUCCUGGGGUCUACAUGGGACGUCCUUCGAGUGUCUCGCACUAUCGCAACCGCGAACGUUCACAAAGUCAUCAACGCUACUCGACAUCAUCAAGACCUUACCAUUUUUAUCGCCAACGGCAAAGCAACAGAAGGACUUUUUGAUAAAUAUUUUAUUAUGUAAAAAUGCUA